ACCUUUAUUCUGUUGUGAGAAUUACCACCAGCAACUCUACAGCAUUUUGCAGACACCAUGCCAGAGCCUUCCAAAUCUGCUCCGGCCGCGAAGAAGGGCUCCAAGAAAGCCAUCACUAAGGCGCAGAAGAAGGACGGCAAGAAGCGCAAGCGCAGCCGCAAGGAGAGCUACUCCAUCUACGUGUACAAGGUGCUCAAGCAGGUGCACCCCGACACCGGCAUCUCGUCCAAGGCCAUGGGCAUCAUGAACUCGUUCGUCAACGACAUCUUCGAGCGCAUCGCGGGCGAGGCGUCGCGCCUGGCGCACUACAACAAGCGCUCCACCAUCACGUCCCGCGAGAUCCAGACGGCCGUGCGCCUGCUGCUGCCCGGCGAGCUGGCCAAGCACGCCGUGUCCGAGGGCACCAAGGCCGUCACCAAGUACACCAGCUCCAAGUGAGCGCCGCGGCCCGGCUCCCGACCCCAAAGGCUCUUUUCAGAGCCACCCAUUUGCUCUAAGGAAAGCUGUCAGUGCCGUUUCUGAGCGAGGUCCCUGUCUCAUGCUGUGGGGUCAGUUAGAGCCCUGAUUUCUCUUCAGUGUAGUUUGGUUUGGUCUCUGGGUCGCCUGUUUUUAACUGGAGUGCGGUCCGUGCAGCUGUGCCCCAAGGCUGUCUUCAUAUUUCAUGCCAAGUUCAAGGUGCCCUUACCCUCUCGGUGUUCAUUAGGAUGCACCCACAAAAGACUGAUUCGCUUACUCUGCGGUUUUCCGACGGGGUUUGGGACCCCAUCCUGGGUAGGAAAGCCGUUCAAGGACUUCAGAAAACGGGGGCCCCCGGAGGAGUCCCGGUCUGGGCAGCCAAACGGGCCCUCCUUCUGGAGCCUACACUCGCCUUGUCGCGGGGGCUUUGGGGAGACGCUCGGCGACCUUGUGCGGUGGCUCCUUGGGCACUUGUUUUCGGUGGGGUCCGCCUCGAGGCCUUUUCACACAGGCGACCUGAGAUGGCUCCGGUUUCUCACUGGAAAUUAUAACCGGUGGCCACGGUCAGCCUGAAACGCCAGUGAGUUUUUCUCACGUCCCAGUAACCCGGUGCCACUUCCUGGGCCUUGGACGGAUCAGCGAUCCCCUAGGACUAGGUUCUAGGGUCAAGGAGGGUGGGUUCCCGCUCUGAUGGGGGACAAAGGAUUUGAAUUUCCCGCCCUCCUACCCAUGUGUGGCGCCACCUCGUGGCUGACAGCGGUGGUGGUGGUGGUGGUGGUGGUGGGGGAAGCGGGUGGAGAGGAAGAUGCGCGGCCAGUUCUUUGCAAUCCUUUACCCAGAGUCGCUGGGACUCCAAAACCCGUCCAGGCAGACAGGAACGCCCUGGGGGAAGAGGGUCCGAGGGGUCUACGUCCCGGGCUGGGGGAGAGGAGAAGAGCUGGUGAAGAAUCGCCGUGUGCCGUUUCCUUCGGUCUUCAGUGUAUGAGCACGAUGAAGAAAUACUGUAAAAUUUAAAGUUGAAUUUCUCAUAAAAGGAGCCCCUUUUAAAGGAAAAUUAAAAAAAUUUUCCCCAGAGCCCAACAUAACAGCUGGCCAAUGGAUGAGGAAUUCUGUUUCUCAGCAUAUGCAAAAUGUAUUUUUGAAAAAGACACUUGCCUUAAAAGUCAGUAAUUUUUGUUGUGUAGAUAAUAAAAAAGAGCCUUCCCCAAAUAAGUUCCUUCGUGAGUGCAGGCUACAGUUUGAGAAUCACGAACCCUGGUAUUCUUCCCUCGAGGGGGAAGAGCUGGCCUGGGAGAUUAUUUCUUAUCCUAUUCAACACGACCUCCGUAGGGUUAUUUUCUCCCCCUUUUGUCCUGUACAGCUCUGCCUGCCUGCUUUCAACCUCGCCAUCUGUCCCCUGCCCCCUCCCUUCUCAUUUCUUCUAAGUAGUUAACGCUUUACCUAAAACUAUAUUCUUAAUUGACAACCUUGAAAAACACAUUAGGCCUCCUAAACUCAAACCUAUGGAUGUUAUCUGUCCAGGUAUCUGGCUGAUGCUGACAAGGCUAACCCCUAUUUUGUAAAAGUACUGUUUGGAAUUCUCUGCUGUUUUUUUAGACGGCCUCUUAUUCUAAAAAAAAAUAAUAACAACUUUGCUUUCUAGCUUGCUCUAGCCUGCUUGAAUAAUGAGGAAGAUAAACUUAGCCUUCUGUAAGCCAGAGAGGCCCAUACUCUCAAUGCCAUGCCAGGUGUAUGUUUUAAUUGGAUAGAACUGUGUUGUUUUUGAGGCCAGCAGUGGGAUAACCACUAAGCGCACACAGGGCUGGCUCUCUAAUAAAAAGGGAAGUUCUGCUUGUAGCUUUGCUUGGAAUUUGAAUUCAUUUUCUCUAAGCCCAUCGCGGUGAAUAAAGUGUGACUCCAAA